AUGUAUCUCAAAGCUACUAGGCCUGACAUUGCCUUUUCUGUGAGUCUGAUAAGUAGAUAUAUGGAGAAUCCCACCCAGUUACACUUGCAAGCUGCAAAAAGAAUAUUGAGAUAUCUAAAGGGGACUAUUGAUUUUGGGGUGCUAUACAGUAAGGGAGGAGGAAGUAAUCUAAUUGCCUAUGCCGAUAGUGACUACGCAGGUGAUCUUGAGGAUAUGAAAAGCACUUCGGGAUAUGUCUUUAUGCUUGGGUCAGGCGCUGUCUCAUGGUCUUCGAAGAAGCAGCCCAUUGUUACCCUUUCUACCACAGAGGCAGAAUUCAUAGCAGCUGCAUCUUGUUCCUGCCAAGCUGUAUGGAUGAGGAGAAUUUUAGGAGAAGUUGAUCAUGAGCAAAGUGAAGCUACAGUAGUAUUUUGUGACAACAGCUCAACUAUAAAGCUCUCAAAGAAUCCAGUGUUACAUGGUCGAAGCAAACACAUUGAUGUUCGUUUCCACUUCCUUCGAGAGCUCACAAACGAUGGAGUGGUUGAAAUGGUUCACUGUGGACCUCAAGAACAAGUUGCAGACAUUAUGACAAAGCCCCUCAAACUUGAUGAUUUUGUGAAAAUGAGAAGUCGACUUGGAAUGUGUACUGGUUCUGUUAUAAACUGA